AUGUCCGAAAAGGACCCCAUCACCUGCCACGUCCUGGACACCACGGCCGGCCGCCCAGCCAAGGGCAUCCGCGUGCGCCUCGAGGGCCCAGCCCCGCCGCCGACCCCCGACUCGUCCCUCUUCUCGUCCCACGCCGACGGCGACGUCAAGCGCUUCGAGUCCAUGACCGACGACGACGGCCGCAUCCAGGCCUGGCUGCCCUACAGCUCCCAGACCGAGGCCGGCGAGAUCCCCGUCUACACCCUCGAGGACGUUCUGGCCAACGUCAAGGGGCCCUCGCGCUGGACGCUGCGCUUCGACACCGCGGGGUACUUUGGCGAGGAGAACACCUUCUUCCCCGAGGCCACCAUCGUCUUCCGCGUCGAGGAGGGCCAGCACUACCACGUCCCGCUGCUCCUGAGCCCGUACAGCUACACCACCUACCGUGGAAGCUGA